CGCCCCCACCGCUCUCUCCCCUCCCAGUAUUUCUACCACCGCCCCGCGCGCUUCCCUCCCAGUUGCCUCCCACCAUAUUCCACUCCGUUUCGUGCUUCCUGGCCCGCCACUCCCUCCCACUGUUGUUGCAUCUCAAGGGCAGGGGCCGGCCAGGUCGGCUCUCCGAUCGCUCUGGCCUUCCGCGUCUCGCCGGCGGCCGGCGCAUCAACCACCGUACUGCGCGCCCGCCGGAGCAUGCAGUUGCAGGCACCGUUCCUGUCUCCGGCUGUCUCCUCCGCCGGACGGGCUCUCGCUCUCCCAUAGGAAACGAUCGACUCGGCUAACCGCAACAACGUCUCCUUCCACCUACUCUCUCGCCAACGUUUUGGACAAGUUCGUUGAGGCACAGAAGAAUCGCCUGCCGUGUGGCGGGUGACUGACUGUUGCUCGGGAUGGGCAAGAUGAGCUGCUUCGCCGGCCUGCUCCUGCUCGGCGGCAAGAGGAAGGCAUCCAAGGGUAAGAACAAGGGCGCUUACGCCAAGAAGGUUAAUGGCAAUGACUGCCCCAAGGUGAAGCCGGUGGAGUUCAUGGACAUGGCGGACGCUCUAGACGUCAGCAGAGGCGGGGGCAACGAUCCUGCAUGCAACAGCGGGUUUGUCGUUCGCGCAGCCGCCGAGUUGGCAGGCCGUGGCGGUAGCGGGGACGGCGACAAGGCCGCAAUUAAGAUGGGCUCGUCUGACUCUGACGCUGACCUCGUCGCCGGCUACACCAGUGACGGAACAGGUGAAAGUGCCAAGCGCUCCGAGCCGGACGCCGGCGAGUCCUCCAGCGUUGGCCGCAUGUCGCCGACGCCACCGGCGUCGCCAAAGCUGAAGCGCUCGUGCUCCAACAUCGAGACGACGAGGUCCUCCGCGCCGCCGAAAGGGUUCGACCUGGCGGCGAGGUCGCGCUCCUACAACGACCUAAACGCCCUGCCUCCGGCGUGGUCGGCCACCCCCAGCGGCGCGCCGUACGCGAGCCCGGCGGCGUCCGUGAGGACGUCGUGCUCCGCCGACCGCGUCAUGCUCAAGAAGCGGUCGUCGACGCUGGUGCUCCCGUCCCGGAGCCGGAAGCUGUGGCGGCGGCUGUUCCUGUGGAGCCACCGCAGCCUUGCCGCGCCCGCGCUGCCGUCGCCGGACGCGCCCCAUCAGCACGACGGAUACACGCUCGACGCGGUCACCGCGGACGCCAAGGGCAAGAGGGCCGCCGUGGAGGUCGACCCGAUCCCGAACCAGUGGGUCGCCUUCUCCGCCGGGGCCUCGCCGCUGGAACGCGUCAGCGCGUGGGUGAACAGCCUCGGGGACGGCUCGUUCCACGCCGUCGACGAGGAGGACGCCACGGAGCACGGCGGCGGCGGCGCCCUCCCGCAAUGCUCUGAGAUCGUGGAGCUGCCCACGCCCGGCAAGAGGCAGCCUCAGGCGAAGCGGCGCGCGGCGGACGAGGCCGCCAACCAGGCGAGGAGCAUCGUCCACGCGCUCAGCGUGUUCUCCUCCGUCGCCCACAUCUCCGGCAUGGGGCUCAAGGCCGUCCCGGCGAUCGCGGCGUUCUCCACACUCCGUGCAGUCAAUCUGUCUGGCAACUUGAUCGUUCAAAUCGCCCCCGGAUCGUUGCCCAAAGGCCUGCACUCGCUGGAUCUGUCGCGGAACAGGAUCGCCGUCAUCGAGGGGCUCCGGGAGCUGACGAGGCUGCGCGUGCUCAACCUCAGCUACAACCGGAUCUCACGGAUCGGGCAUGGGCUCUCGAGCUGCACGGCGGUCAGGGAGCUCUACCUGGCCGGGAACAAGAUCAGCGACGUCGAGGGGCUGCACCGCCUGCUGAAGCUGGCCGUCCUGGACGUGAGCUUCAACAGGGUCACCACGGCCAGGUCGCUGGGCCAGCUCGUCGCCAACUACGGCUCGCUGCGGGCGCUCAACCUGCUGGGCAACCCGGUGGAGGCCGCCACCGGCGGCGACACGCUGCGCAGGGCCGUGUCGGGCCUGCUCCCGCGGAUCGAGUACCUCAACAGGCAGGCCGUGAAGCCGCAGCGCGCGCGGGAGGUGGCAAAGGACAGCGUCGCGCGGGCGGCGCUCGGGAACGCCGGCGGGAGCUCGCGCAGCAGGCGGCCGCCGCGCCGGGCGAACCAGAGCCCCGGGUCGUCGGGCAAGAGCCGGGGCAGGGACGGGAGCAGCGGCAGCCGCAGGGGGAGAAGGAGCAGGUCCAACACCAGGCAGCAGGGGCAGGGCUCCAGCCUCUCGAGGAAGUGAGCUGUGAGCAUGAGGCCGCCGUGUCGCAGACAUGGAAGAGUGUUCAACUCUUGAUCGAAGAGGGAGAGCAAAUGACUCCGUGUGUUUUAAACUGCCGUGUUCAGAUAAAUAAUUGGCAUUACCGGAGGCAAUUUGAAUCUAAACAGAGUGCUUGCUUUUACUUUUUA